AUGAUACCCCCACUGUUGUUGCCAGACAAUACGCAGCUGAAGCCAUCCACCAUGAAGACUACUCCCUCCACGUCUACACCGAGGGCUCCACUAGCCACUCCCGCGACAGCAGCUCCGCACUUUUGGAUCCCUGCCCUAAGCAAAACUUGGAUGGGACACCUCGACUGCAAACUCUCUUCAACCGCAGCAGAACUCGUGUCCAUUCAAAAGGCACUUGAAUUCGUCGACACCCUACACCCACAGAAAGUUACUAUAUUCAGCGAUUCAAAAUGUGCCUUACAACGCUUACAGAAGUGCUACCCGGACGACCACACGUCCUCCCAGAUAAUCGACAAGACCCUUCACCUGAAACGCAAGGGUUUUCAUGUACUCCUCCACUGGAUACCUUCCCACGUUGGAAUUGAAGGCAACGAAAUAGCCGACUCUCUUGCGAGCACGGCCCAUAACCUACCUCCAGACACAAGUGCUCCGUAUGACAGCAAUGCAAAUAGGUCAGCAUUUGCGAAUUACAUCCAGAACAUCAAAAACACAGCCUUCCCCGGCGUGGCCAAGUUCUCUCAGCCUCUUCCCACGAAGGACCUCUCUCGCUAG